AUGGCCGCGACACUCGCGAUGAGCGGCGGCGGGCAGGAGGACACCUUCUACCCGCUGCAGAAGGCGACCCUGCCCGCUGUGUUCCCCCUGGAGGACUCGGCGUUGUUCGGCUUGGACUGCAAGAUCACAGAAACGGACAAAACUGGACAAAACGACUACACGCAGGCAAAGUGUGAGAUGGACAGAUAUCUCUCCCCUCAGUCUCUUCCCCUCCCACCUCACGCAGACAGCCAGCAGAAGUCACAGAGAGCCAGUGCGUCUUCACUGGAUCAGUUCUUCACAGGCGAUCACGACGGGGCCCCCUAUACCCUCAACAUGAAUCUUUACCUCCCUGACGCUGCCUACCUGAGGAUGGGCUUGUGCCAGCAGGUGCGGCCCCCCCAGCACCAGAACCACACAGGUCUCACCCAAAUCAAAACAGAAUCUGCCUCCCCGUGUUUCUCCCCCAACAUACAAAUGCACUGCCCCAACACAACGUCCGCUACUAGCUGCAGUACAUCUGGGCACGGGCCCGGCAGUAUCGCCAUGGAAACCUCAGCCAUAAACAUGACGUUAGCAGGGUUGCCGGACUUCACCAGUGUUUUCAACCAGUCGGGAGGCGGUCGCGGCGACGAUUCAGUGCCGGAAGUCUUCAUCAAACAGGAAAUGUCAUCGCAGUUCGAUCAGCAUGCUCUCCACCACCACGACAACAGCGGCUCGCUGUUUCAGCUACUAAACUCUGGCUUGGACCAUCACCAUGGCAAUGGUAUGGAGGCUCAACAUCAGCAUCAUAUUCAUCAUCAGCAGCAGCAGCAGAUACAACACACUUCCACUACCACAAUCCACACGCCUUUCCAUAAUUUGCCGGUAGCUUCUUCGGCACCUCAACAAGAGCAGACAGCCAAGCCGGCCUACUGCAGCCUGAAUGGCGGGGCGUACACACAUCCUCAUGCUCAGGCACACCCCCACUUCCUCCAGCAGCAGGUGCCCUACCUGCCACCCUCUCCGCCCAGCUCGGAGCCCGGCAGCCCCGACAGGCAGAAGGAGCUGCUCCUCACCAUGUCCCCUCCUCCCUCAUACGCGGCCACCAUCGCCUCCAAGUUGUCAGGUAGCACCCCUGGACUCGGACCCAGCCCGGGACCAGGCAGCUUGGCUCUGCCCCACACUACAGGUCCCACGCCGGUCCCAGGCCAAGUCGCACCUGCAGCAACCGCAGCACCGACCCCAGCUCAGACCACAGUGCCUGCCCGCUACAACCGGAGGAACAACCCGGACCUGGAGAAACGACGGAUCCACCACUGUGAUUACCCAGGCUGCAAGAAAGUCUACACCAAGUCGUCCCAUCUGAAAGCCCACCUCAGGACUCACACGGGUGAGAAGCCGUACAGGUGCACGUGGGACAGCUGCGACUGGCGCUUUGCACGUUCCGACGAGCUCACGCGUCAUUUCCGGAAGCACACGGGCGCCAAACCCUUCCAGUGCGCCGUCUGCUCGCGCUCCUUCUCCCGAUCCGACCACCUCGCCCUGCACAUGAAGAGACACCAGAACUAGCAGCGUUUACACACACACACACACACACACACACACACACACACACACACACACACACACACACACACACACACACACACACA